GUCGGCAGACUCGCGCGGCGCUGCGGCGGCCGCAGCCCGCAGUCGCGUCGCGCGCACCGUGGCCUCCGCUCCUCUCGCGCCUCCUCCUAAACCUCUUAUCAAAACGUUCAGCCGCCGCUCGGGAUCGAUCCGCGAACGCGCUUGAUAACGUGACUGUGACUCUAGUGAUACAGUGUUGUUGUGAAACAUGUGAUUGUCAGUUGGGUGCCUUGGAAUACUGGAGAAUAUUUGACAGCUGACACUUGACUAUUUUAAAGCUCGUAUAGCAGUGAGCGCGUGCGGUGCGACGCGAUGUACUCGUAAACGGUCGUCAUGCGCCUCUUCCGAGGGCCGAAGCGCAGGGAAGUGACCGGGCCGCGAGCCGCAGCGACGCCGGCGCCGUCUCCGUGCCGAGACGCCGCUGGCGCUGGACCCCGCCCGCACGACUUCACCCUAGUCACGGCACUACCGGCUAUGGUCAUGGAGGACGACGUUAGGGAAAUGAAGAAAGUGUUCGCAACGUGGGGUCGUCGUAUGGGAAAAAAACUUGACAUGCUGAGAAAACCUGACGCAAAAGAAGCUUCACAAGAACAACUUAGUAAUGAAAGCUUCAAUGAAGAGUCCCCGAGGAGCAUAUCUGGCCAGUUCAAGAAAAAGCAGCAAUGGAAAAUGGAACGGAGCAGUUCUGAAACUACUUCCCUAAAAAGGGAUAACGACACUGAUUCCAUUAGAAGCGGAUCCCGAGACCGAUCGCCUAGCCCAUUCAAAUAUUUCUUCCAUAGAAUGGGUUCAACGGGAAUGUUAAACUCAUCUAGGUCCCAAACACUAAAUAUCCAUAAAACAUCCGAAAACAGUUAUCCGGUGGCAAGUGGACCUACACUUUAUCGAAGCUGUUCCACUUCACAUCUAUCUACGUAUGUUAAGGCUGAUGAUCCAUCUGAUGAUAUUGAUUUACAGAACGCUGAUAGCGAAAUUAAAAAAUCUCCUUCAAAGAAUAAUAAUAUUUUAACUGAAGAUGCGUUAGUGAAUUCAUCAAAGGCCAUUAGUUGUGAUAAUAUCCCUAAUCUUGAAGGACAAGGUAAUGGUAUGUGUAAAAAACCAAACUUUCCGUAUGCCUUUUUAAGGUCUAAAUUAUCGGUUUUACCCGAAGAAAACAGUAUGGCAUCACAACGAACAAGCAGCAUAAGGCAAAGUUACUCCGAAAGAAUAGAUAGAAAAUCACCAAAAUUUCGCAAAGACAGACUAUUUCUUUCCAAUUCUCGCUCCGAGGAACGAUAUCAAAGCAACGAUAGCAUAUCGGUUCAUGAAGACAUGAUGCUUAAUGCUGCCUUAAGAAAUGAAUACUCUGAUUUCAAUAGAAGUUCUAUGAGAAGUAUCAAUGAAAUCGAUGGCACGUACCCCGCACGGCGUGUCGAAGACGUUCACCGACGUUCGUCGAUGAUAUCGCAUAGACCGCCUUUAGAUUACGAUCCAAUGCUUAUACCGAGAAACCGAAACAGUUUACCAGUGUAUGACUAUGGUCCGUAUUUAGGGUCCGUAAGAGACAUAAAAACUGAACUUAUGACAUCGUCUCAAAGUAUACAUCUCGGGCCAGAAAGUACUGAGAUUCUUCAGACUCAUCGACUAAGCAACUAUGUUAGUUCAAAUGAGUCUGGCUAUGACAGCGAUGGACGUCCUACAGAUGAACAUAGCAACCACUCACCGCCAGGAUACUCGAGUCAUAUAUCACCAGGUACUGUGCGAGCGGAACCAAUUGAUACUACUGCAGAUGUAACGCACGGUAGUUUUUCGAGACAAUUGAGCUUAAACCAUAAAAUCAACGUGAGUAGAGUACAUGUUCCUGCUAGACGGAGUUCUACACCAUGUGCUUUAUUGCCAAUAGAAAAAAGCAUACCUUAUGAAUAUAUUAACAAUAACAGGGAACAGUUUCAUAAGUAUCCCAAUAAUCCAUUACAUGUUUUAGAUUAUAAUGAUGCUAAACCACCGCCACUGCCAAAAAAGACAUUAAACAAAAAAAUACCUUUCGUUUAUAAAACUAUCACACUAGACGAACGUGUGGAAACACGAAAAAUUAAAUUACUUCAUUCCCAAGUAUUGCCAGUAGAACAUUCCUCUAAUCCCAAUCUCAGUACUUUAAUACCACCAGUGGAUAAUGAAGGCCCCAGCAUUCCUGUACCAGAAACUGAUAUUUUUGGACGGGGACCAUGUACAAAGCGAUUCAGAAAGUUAAGAUUAAUAAAAUCAAGGUUAGAUGAAAGUCUCGGAGUUUAUUUAACGCAACACAGAGUAGACUUCGAUAGCAGUGGAUCUAAUUUUGAGAUACGUUAUAUUGUGGUAAAACUAGAUUUUGAUGGCAUAGCGCAUAGGGAUGGAAGACUAAGGAUCGGUGAUGAAAUAGUUAAUGUCAAUGGAAAAGUUUUAAGAGGUUUAUCAUCACUAAAAGAAGUGCAGCAUAUUGUUAACUCAUGUUCAACGGAAGCAAAUUGCCAAGAAGGAGCACAAAAAUACCAAGUUGAUCUUGUUAUGGCCCAUGAUGAAAUUACUCCAGUAACAUUGAGUCGGAUAAUAAACAGAAAUACUAGCGAUCAAAAUGUGAUAGCACCUUCGACAUCUAACGUUCCGCCUGAUAUAAUUUCGGAAACCGUUCAUAAACCCACGGCUUCAAAUCAAAUAACCAUUGAAACUCAUUUUCCUAGUGAAAACCAAUUUUACAGUAAUUAUGGAAGUGGUACCAAUAGCACUACCAAUAAUUUCCACCAUAGUACUCGACGACGAGAAACAGGAGUUCUAGGAAACAAUAGUCCUUCAAUUCAACUAAAUCAAAAGAGUGAUGACGAAAAAUUAUUAGAGAGAGCUUAUCCGGCACCAUCAGCCACACUGCAAAAUAUUACAAAUAUCGAAAUAUCAAUGAGAUCUUCACCAACACCAAGAAACAGACAUUCAAAUAAUUAUAGACCUAUUUCUCUUCACCAUUCAAGGCCGCCUCCUAUGGUCGAGCAGUAUUCAACAAGUACUGAAAACACAACAAAUGAGAUAAAGGAAAAAUCACCCCAUUACAUAAAACAUGUCCCAAGAUUAUACCAAAACCGAUCAUUUGAAAGCAUUCCUGAACAACUUCUGAGAAGUAGCAACAGAAGCAGAUUUUUCAAUAGGAUUGGUUCUCAACGGUGCUCUCCAAGCCAUGGUCAUGUGUCUCGUCAGCAAGAACACGCAUUAAUGCAGAAUGAGGGUCACCAAAGUGGUAUUUAUUCGAACAAUUCUUUGCACAUCGCAGAAUUCUGGAAAGGACCUGGUCAUAAAAGUUUGGGAUUUAGUAUUGUUGGAGGGACCGAUUCCCCGAAAGGACAAAUGGGAAUUUUCGUGAAAACUGUCUUUCCUAACGGACAAGGUGCUGAUAAGGGGACUAUCUUUGAAGGUGACGAAAUCUUGUCAGUCAAUAAUGUGCCAACCCGUGGACUGAGCCAUGCAGGGGCCAUAUCGCUUUUCAAACAAGUUAAAGAAGGAAAAAUUGAACUGACGCUUUCAAGAAGAAGAGCACCUAGGUCAAGAUCUGUGGAACCUCUGGGUAAUUUCCGCUGCGACAAUCUAAAGGAGUGAAUAUUUGGCAGAUGAAUAAAAUUAGAACCGCGAUAAAAACAAAGUUUGUAGGAAUUUUGAUUAAUAGUGUGCAAUACUUUUUUAUACACACAACUAACUGCAGUCAUGUAGAAAUACUAUUUUCUGCAAUAACAAUCAAAUAGUAUUUCGAAAAGUGUCUCUUAUAAUAAUUGUGUUUAACGCGUAGUAUUGUACACAAGACGCUAAAUGUUAUAACAAUCAUUGUACUGUAAUAUUAUCAAUGACUUGUUUUGACACAGAGUUGAAUCUACUUUUGCGACGUAGUCGCCAUACUAUAUGUACUACAUAGUUAAUACUUAUUAUGUUUAGUACCUAUAAUAUUAUCUUUUAAGUCUCUCGUUGUUAAACGUUAAAUAUUUCAGUUUCUACUCUCCAACGAAACACGUAUUAUAACUGCGAUGUGUAUGAUGUCCGUGUAAGCUUUUAUGUAGCUAUGCAUAGUUUAGUAAAUAGAUUUUAUAUCAUUUUAUUAUACAUAUUACGGAAUGUUGAUUGUAAAUAAUAUGUUGAAUUCAUACAGCAUUAAUGCAAAGUAUUGUUAUAGGACUAAAUAUAGUCGAAGGCCUACAAUAAGACUGUAUUUAUGUUUAAUGUUUAUGAAAAACUACUACCUAUAGAAUUUCGUAAUUUGUACGUGUAUUUUUUUCGUUAUAUUGUUUUGUUAGGCAAGCUAGAUCUCGUUGAAACCGAUAGGUGUACACCAUGCAAGUAAGAAUGAAUAUUGAAUGAAUAUGUAGCUGUUGUGAUAAUUAAUGUUUUUUUUAGUGUAUCUAUGCAAAGAGCAACCAUGAUACGUGGAUGUUCAUUGAUUUGCUUUGUAUCCAUCAGGAGCCUUUUGUAUUUUAAAUAAUGUAUACUAACGUUACAUGUACACGAUAUUUCUUAUUAUAGACUGAUCUUUUUUAAUUUGAGUAGGCACCUUAAAUACUACCAAAGUUAGACAUAAUAUUUCAUAUAAGCUCUGUUACCGACUUUAACGUGACAAAGUGUGGGCGUGUCGCAAUGCACGUCAUAGUUUCAUAGAAAUAUGACGUGUAUGAUGACACUCCAAACUUUUUCAUUGCAAAGUUCGUACAGUCAAUUUGGUCCGACUCUAGUAAAAUGUGUGAAUGACUUUAAUCUUUUUGCCGCCAUUGAUUUGAUAUAAAGUCUGUAUAUUUCGUGCCCCACAUGCCACUACUUUGAUAUGUUAUAGGUACUGGUUGUUUACGUGCAAUUAGUGGCUUGGCGUUGAUGACACUUUAUUACUUCAUUGACGUGGCGGCGAGGUUUCAUUAAUAAUAAUUAAAAGUUAAAUUUUAGUCAAGUGACAACCAAAACUCACUAAUUAGUAAUUACUAAAAAAUAAUUUAACAAAAACAAGGUUCACUAUGGCUAAAAACUUGUGGUGGUAAUUAGUGAGUUUUGGUUGUCACCUGACGAAAUACUGGCACAUUGAAAACUAAGGACACAUAAGAACUUCUGAAUUUUGUAUACUAUAUCGUCUUAAUUUUAGUCACGUCAGCUGACCAGAUAAAACUUGACAGUCCAAUUCUAAACUACCUACUCAUGUUACCUACUACAAUGUUGAAGUUGCAAUUUAGAUAACUGCACAAUAGUUAAACGAUACAAGUGCGGAAAAGAGGAAAUUCGAAACGAGUGGCGAUAAAUUAAAACACGACCGCAAGAAUUACGUAUUCGCACGUGUAUCGCACAACGUUUUACAGUACAUAUGGCCCUUUAAACUUUCGACAUAUGCACGAAAAUUGUUCUUUUACGCACUAUUGCGAGAAAGUAGCACCAUAUGUAGUUUCUUAUUUACAAGACCUAGUGAAUACACCGAUUACUUAGCCUGCUAUUUUUUUUUUCGAAACGAUAUAAAACUACGAUACGAGACUAAACUGACGAUAUAUUUUUUUUUAAAUAAAUAAUGUAGGUCAAACUUAGUGUAAAAAUCAACCUAAUACGACGAUGCUUCCAUCCAUAUUACAACGUGCUUCUAAACGUAGGUUUAAUAAAUAUGUAACGAUUUGUUUUGUUUACAGUUUUUACACAAAACACCGAUUAGCUCCGUCCAAUUAAAUUGUUAAAAUGUCAAUUGUUCAAAUAAGUAUAUACCUAUCCUCACCCUUUAUUGUAAUUCAGAUACAGUUUGAAGUUUUUAGGAGAGCUCUAGUAAAGCUGGUUGUUCCUAUUAAUAGUAAAACACCACCACGCUAUGCUCUUCAAGCGUAAUUGUGCAUAAGUACCUGUUGUUGCAAAAUUAUUAUUACAUUGCGCAGGCCAUUGCAAAAUAGCUACCCAAAGUAAUACAGCUGAAACUUUAUGCCUACCCUGUGGUUUCGGUGAAUAUUAGUGCUGGUGCAUCACAUACUUCUAAAGUUUUCUUGACAAAAUGUGCCUAGCCUCCUGACGACUAAGUCAAAAUUUUCCAGUUUAAAACUUUAAAGUUAACUAUUAUACUUACGAGUAGGACGCCGGUCGUCAAGAGACUAUGCUACUGUGUGAUAUUUUUGAUUUGAAUAUUCAUCGAACGAACUUUAUUUAAUCGUAUAAAAUCUAUUAAAGUUGUAAAUUAACUAGUGACUUUCAAUUCAAAGCAAUUGUUAGGUUUACCAGUAAACACAGAAAUGACCACGUAUAGUAAAAAAGUCGUUAGAAUCAUCUUAAAGGUCCAAAGGAUAAUCGACUCUAUCUCUAUUAACAAUUCAAAUAAUAGGUCUUUGGGCCACCCCUGGCGUCUACCCGACCUCAGGUCUCCAUUCUCAGGUACCUAGUUUACUACGUGGUCAUUUCCAUGUUCUGAGGUAAACAAAACAAUUGCUUUGUAUUCUCAAGUACGCUAUGAAUUGUAUUGUCCAAUAAGAAAAACGAAACACUAUAUUAUUUGAAUUUCUCUUAAUAUAAAUCCAAAUUAAGAAUACCAAAUCAGCUUGGACAAACCUGGCCCUUAACCCGAUUAGACUAUCGGAAGGAGGACUGAAGUCUAAACCGAGGUUUAGACUAGCAAGAACUUGCAUGCAAUUUACAUAACAUUGCGGCAUUUGAUCAAACUUUUGAAUGCAGUUUACCUUAGUAGUCGGCAAUGUAACGUAAAUUGCAUGCAAGUUCUUGCUAGUCUACGCCUCGCUUAAAGGGCUAAUCAUGGAAUAAAUUCAACAUUUUUCGACAUGAAAUAAGUUCGACGAAUUUACAUUUAAUGAUAUACAAUGCACCAUUUAUGUAAAAUCUUCGCCAAACCACGAUGUAGUGGCCGUAGAAUAAAGUCAAACCAGGUAUUUUGCAGAACGUUGCCAAUAGAUAAAUAAGUACCUAUCAAACAAUCUGACUGAUCCAAUUGUUAUGUAAUAUUUACUACUUACGUACCGUGUACAGUAUUGAUUUGUAUAAUAACUUUUCCAGUAAACAACGUUUGUAAAGAAUUUAAAUGAUUAUAUACUUAUGGCUUCAUUCCUAUCGAAAUAAAACAAUUCGAAAUAA